AUUGUCUUUCUGUCUGACUUCUAACUGAUAAGAAGGGUGUGUUUUCUCUGGAAGUCCCAAAUGCACUUCUAAACUGUUCCCCACAUUUCGAUCUCGAGUGUUCCCUCCCUUGUCCCAAGCAAGAAAGACUGCGCUCAGUUAACCUUGAACAAAGUCCACAGACGGUCCUACCACUUAACGUCCUAGAAGUCGUCUUCACUGACAUGGUUCAAAAGUGAGUCUCAAGUGACCACCAAGUCAGUGAAGGUGCUUGAGAAUAAAUUUAAAAAUAGCCCAUUGUGACAUAGAGAGCUGUCACGAUGAGUGGUGAAAAUGAAUUGCGACAAAGGGGCCAGAACCCACCAGAGGAAACUCAAGAGACUGGCAAGAUUAAACCCGACGAGAUGGAUAGCGAUGGCGAGGAUCGCAUCAAGCUGGAUACCGUUGGCUCGGCCAUUGGACAAGACAAGAAUAGCUUUGGCAACCAAUUGCUGGAGAGGGUCCUGAGUGGAUUGCCACCAAGAUGGCGAAACUGGGUGAUUCGCGGGAUCUUCACCUGGUUGAUGAUUGGAGGCUUUGGAUUCAUCAUCUAUGGUGGACCUUUGGCCUUGAUGUUGACUACUCUGGUGGUUCAAGUCAAAUGCUUUUCCGAGAUAAUCAACAUUGGUUAUGCGGUGUAUCGAGUCCACAAUCUUCCAUGGUUCCGAUCGCUAUCUUGGUACUUUCUGGUGGCGUCCAACUACUUUCUCUACGGAGAGUCUCUAGUCGAUUAUUUUGGCGUCCUCGUCAACCGCACGGAAUUCCUGCCCUUUCUAGUCAGAUAUCACCGAUUCAUCUCUUUCUCCAUGUAUGUCAGUGGAUUUGUGUGGUUCGUUCUUUCGUUGGUCAAGCGUUAUUAUAUGCGCCAAUUUUCUUUGUUUGCUUGGACCCACGUGGCUCUCUUGAUCGUGGUGACUCAGAGCUAUCUGAUCAUUCAGAACAUGUUCGAGGGCCUCAUUUGGUUCAUUUUACCGAUUAUGAUGGUGGUCAUGAACGACGUGAUGGCCUAUAUGUUUGGAUUCUUCUUUGGAAAGACCCCAUUGAUCCAAUUGAGUCCCAAGAAGACUUGGGAAGGCUUCGUGGGGGGUGGGAUCUCCACUGUGUUCCUCUCGUGGGGAUUCUCGUACUUCAUGUGCCAAUACAACUACUUCAUCUGCCCCAUAGAGUACAACGAGUAUUUGGGCCAGAUGUCUCACUCCACAUGCGAACCAUCGGCCAACUUCCUUCCUCAGGAAUAUGCUCUCCCCGAAACAAUCACAACCUUGAAGACAGUGAUGGGCUUGAAACCAACCAUGACAAUAUAUCCCUUCUAUCUUCAUGCGUUCUUUAUGGCCAUCUUUGCUAGUGUCAUUGGGCCAUUUGGAGGGUUCUUUGCCAGUGGAUUCAAAAGGGCAUUCAAAAUCAAGGAUUUUGGAGACAUCAUCCCUGGCCAUGGUGGGAUCAUGGACCGCUUUGAUUGCCAAUUCUUGAUGGCUACCUUCGUCAACGUCUACAUUCACAGCUUCAUUCGGAGCGCUUCACCCCAAAAGCUAAUUCAACAGGUAUUUAUGUUGAAACCUGAGGAGCAGCUGACCUUGUUCUAUAACCUCCAAGAUUCCUUGACUCAAAGAGGGAUUCUUCAGCCUUAAUUUGCAUUUCGAAAACCCUUACCCAACCAAGGGCAUUACUUUGAAUUCCUUUGAAUUCCUGCAAUAAUAACAAGUGCUCGAUGCGAUUGUGUAUAUUAAGAAAAGAAAGUAUUAUUGAUUACACGCCCCUUUACCACCACCCCCUUUCCCGCAAAUAUCUUAUUCCAGUUUGACCUUUUCAUUGGGAACUCUUUGCGGUUUGCUCUUUGAGAUGUCAGUGUGACUAAAUUUGAACCUCCUCGGUUUGUGGUUUCAAUGCAAGAUGAUAUCGCGCUGAGCGUUUAUACCGUCUGACUAUCUAUUGAUGUGAACAUUGAAGAUGACCAUUGAAGGAGUUCAUUAGGAAACCCACGCAUUCAUUCAUCACCAAGCAUUCUCACGGUGGUGUCAUUCAAGUUUGAUUCAAAAAGCAAAGAGAUCUUUCAUUUCUCUUGAUGUUACAACAGAAAUCAUUUGUUUGAUUGUCUCUUCCCCAAUCUGAAACCUUCUCAUAAUGACAACGGAAAUGUAUAUAUCUAUCUAUUGGAAAUUUAAAGUGUGUUUGAUGUUCAACGACCUACCUAUUUAUAUAAACCAAAAAAAACACUGCUUAUGCAUGAA